AUGAUACAUUAAUAGGUUCAUAACGAAGAGGAUAAUUUUUAAAAUAUAAAUAACUAUUAGAUAGGUUAUGAUGAGGAGAAUUAAAAUGAGUUGAAUGAUGAGUAUCCUGACACUUAAUAAAUACAACCAUAAAGUAAUUAGGCAUAGAAGAGCUUAUAGGGUUAGUAAUCAGCUAGAAAAUCAUCGGCAAGCACUAAUAAUACCAAUUAAGAAAAUAAUAUUAGCAUAAAUUUAAAUGAUAAUCAGAAUAGCACACACACUACAUAACAAUAGCAAGCUCAAAAUUAAUUUGAAAUUUCAAUUGGUCAAAAAAAAUAUAAGCGCUAUAUGGGCCAUACGAUAGGUUUUAUAAAUAUAAAAGGCGAACCCAUUUUUACAUUAGGACCACAUUUCUGUAUAUUUUUAGUAACUUGGUGCAUCAUGACAGGAUUCAGUUAUUUUUUAGUUUUCAAAGUAUCUAAAAACAAAGGAGAUUUUUGGUAUUAUCUGACUAUGCUUGUUUGUGGAGGUUAAUCUCUUAGUUAUUUGCUUACAGCGCUUAUAAACCCUGGUAUUCACACUGCAAGGUGUGAAGGAUAAUCAAACAAAAGGCUUCAAAAUUAUUGCUAGAAGUGUGAUAUUAAUUAAACUAAAUAAGAAUAUCAUUGCCCCGAUUGUGAUGUUUGCAUCAAAGACUUUGACCACCACUGUCCUUGGACUGGUAAAUGUAUUGGUGGGGGAAAUAUGAUGCUAUUUUAAGCAUUUAUUUCUUUUACUAUUUUCUGGUUUUUCUACUCUCUUGUUAUGCUUUUAUCUUGA